GUGGGUGAUCCUGAGGCUCGGCGCGCUUGGGGCAGAAGCCCGGAGACGCCGUCGUCGACGCCGCCACCGUCAGCGCUUCUGCCGCUACCCGCGGCCCCUCAACCCCUUUCCCCGCCCGCGGUCCGGAGUCGGUCCUCCUGCCGAGCCGCGCCAGGUGCCGUGUGCCCCAGGCGUUGGCAAGGCCGAGCCCGGCCCCGACGCCGUACCGCCCCUCGCCGAGCCGACAGUCUCGACUUGCGACUCAGCGCUGUCUUCUUUCCCAGGACUGGUUCCGAGGGGGCAGCAGGCGCGCAGACUCGCCCCCCGCCGGAGCGCCCGGGUCCGGCCCGGGAGCGGCCCCUUCUAGACGUUCGAGGACCCUGCCCAGUGCCGUCCGGCCACCGACCGCCCACCGUCCGGCCGCCGGCCCACUUCUUCCUGAUGCGAACUGCCGUCUACUAGAGGUUGGACGGACCCCCGAGAUGAGGGCAGUAGAACACAGAGAGGCAAAGUAGCUUGCCCCAAGGUCACAAAGUUAAGAAGUAGGACCAGGAUUCAAACCCAGAGCGCUUUGCCUGGGAGACGACCGUCUCUAACUUCGGUCACCGUGUCCUUGCCCCCUUCAUUCCCAGCGAGCGUUCAUCUUGAUUCCUAUUUCCCACUGGGUCUGACCAUAUGUGACUGGGAACGGGAACACAGAGUGGAGGCCUGUCUGCAGCGAAUCCCCCCUCAGUGGGCUGUGGGUGCCCAGAGGUGAUUCAUGGCAGGGGACAUGGAAGGAUUCUGUUCCUCCAUCCAUGACACCAGUGUCUCUGCUGGGUUCAGAGCACUGUAUGAGGAGGGACUGCUUCUUGAUGUCACUCUGGUUAUUGAUGAUCAUCAGUUCCAGGCCCAUAAAGCACUCUUGGCCACCCAGAGUGAUUACUUCAGAAUUAUGUUUACAGCAGACAUGAGGGAGCGUGAUCAGGACAAAAUUCAUUUAAAAGGUCUAACUGCUACCGGUUUCAGCCACGUCCUUCAGUUUAUGUACUAUGGAACUAUAGAACUGAGUAUGAAUACUGUUCAUGAGAUUCUUCAGGCUGCCAUGUAUGUUCAACUUAUAGAAGUGGUGAAGUUCUGCUGCUCUUUCCUAUUAGCGAAAAUCUGCUUAGAAAACUGUGCCGAAAUCAUGAGACUCUUAGAUGAUUUCGGUGUAAACAUCGAGGGAGUCAGGGAGAAGCUGGAAUCCUUUCUGCUAGACAACUUUGUGCCACUCAUGUCCAGGCCUGAUUUCCUGUCUUAUCUGAGUUUUGAGAAGCUCAUGUCUUAUUUGGAUAAUGAUCAUCUGAGCAGGUUUCCAGAGAUAGAGCUGUACGAGGCUGUGCAGUCUUGGCUGCGGCAUGAUAGAAGACGCUGGAGACAUACCGAUACCAUUAUUCAGAACAUCAGGUUUUGUUUGAUGACCCCAUCCAGUGUUUUUGAGAAGGUUAAGACAUCAGAAUUUUAUAGAUACUCUCGACAGCUGCGCUAUGAAGUUGACCAAGCAUUGAAUUACUUUCAGAACAUUCACCAGCAGCCUUUGUUGGACAUGAAAUCAAGCCGCAUCCGCUCUGCCAAACCUCAAACUACAGUAUUCCGAGGAAUGAUUGGACAUAGCAUGGUUAACAGUAAAAUACUUCUCUUAAAGAAACCAAGAGUCUGGUGGGAACUAGAGGGCCCCCAAGUACCUCUGCGGCCGGACUGCCUUGCUAUUGUCAAUAACUUUGUGUUUUUGUUGGGUGGUGAAGAAUUGGGCCCAGAUGGCGAAUUCCAUGCUUCCUCCAAAGUGUUCAGAUAUGACCCAAGACACAACUCUUGGCUCCGAAUGGCAGACAUGUCUGUACCACGUUCAGAAUUUGCAGUUGGUGUUAUUGGGAAGUUUAUUUACGCUGUAGCAGGCAGAACCAGAGAUGAGACUUUCUACUCAACAGAGAGAUAUGAUAUCACCAAUGACAAAUGGGAAUUUGUGGAUCCUUAUCCAGUUAACAAAUAUGGACAUGAGGGGACAGUGCUCAAUAACAAGUUGUAUAUCACUGGUGGAAUCACCUCAUCAUCCACCUCCAAACAAGUGUGCGUUUUUGACCCCAGUAAAGAAGGGACCAUAGAACAACGGACCAGAAGAACCCAAGUUGUUACCAACUGCUGGGAGAAUAAGAGCAAAAUGAAUUACGCAAGAUGCUUUCACAAGAUGAUUUCUUACAAUGGCAAGCUUUAUGUCUUCGGUGGUGUCUGUGUGAUCUUGAGGGCCUCUUUUGAAUCUCAGGGCUGCCCUUCCACAGAAGUGUACAACCCAGAGACUGAUCAGUGGACCAUCUUGGCAUCCAUGCCGAUUGGUAGAAGUGGCCAUGGAGUGACUGUGCUGGACAAACAAAUAAUGGUUCUCGGAGGCCUUUGCUACAAUGGUCAUUACAGCGAUUCCAUUCUCACUUUCGAUCCAGAAGAAAACAAGUGGAAGGAAGAUGAGUACCCACGGAUGCCCUGCAAGCUGGAUGGUUUACAAGUAUGCAACCUGCAUUUUCCAGAAUAUAUACUGGACGAGGUCAGACGCUGCAACUAAUGACAUCUUUCUUGCUUCAAAGCCAAACAAAAAAUUUGUUUGUGACAGAGUAGUUAAUUAACAGCAUAAAGAAAAACCUCACCAGUUUUACUAUCAAAGCCAUUGGUCUAAUAGUGUAAAAAGUUUUCAUUCUGUGCUAGCAUACUUUGUUUUCUUUUUAGUGGCCUCAAACUCAUGCAAUAAGUUAGUUCGAAGCACUAGCUCUUGAAACUACUUCCUGAAGCAGUUUAAUAGAAUGAUCCACUUAUCUGGGAAGCUGAUUGUAUGCUUUAAACAUUUCUCUCAGAUGUCAGUGUAGGAGUCAUGCAUCUUCUAAGAGAAGACCUGAUAAGUGUCACUUGAUGUAAUUUCAGUUCCUAUCUCGAUCUGAAAUCUUUCUGAACAUUUAUUUCAGUCCGUUAGACCUUUUGGUUUUACUGUUUAAGUUUAAAACUCUUGCCCUUUUUGCAUGGCUUUUUGCUGAAAAUGCAAAAAUAUAAAUUUUCUACAAAGUUAACUUUUUAUAUUCAAAACACUAUUUCUAAGCUGCCUUCUCUUACCUGCAUUGUGUUAGUGAAAGCGUAUCCAUACGUGCAUACAUCUUAUGAAUAUAUAAGGCACAUCCUCUUUUAUGCGUGGUUAGGAUUCUAUAUUUUUAAGCUAGUGCACUUGCACACACGGUUUGCCAUACUUGUUGGAUUUUAGAUGUAAUGUCUUUUCAUGUAUUAACAUUUUUAGAAAGUUAAAAUAACUGGAGUCCUCAUUUGAUGUCAAAGUAGCCUAUCUUCAGUCCAUACUGAUUCAGUAAUAAUUUGAACUCCUUAUAUUCCUGAAACAUAUGGACCUACGAAAAGUAAUAUUUUAUAUUUUACUUUCAAAAGUAAGUGUUAGUGUUCUUUAUCGAUGUAUGUCUUCUUUUUGAACAUGUUUUUUUUUUGCAGUUUGUUUAACGUUACCCUGUUUUUAGUAAGAAUUGGAGUGCUAUAUGACAAGCCCUGGCCCUGCAGCGUGCAAGCACUUUUUAAAGAGAAUUUAGGUAAUGCCAGACUGCUAAAUAAAGGCCCCUUAAAAGUAAGUGCAACUUCCAUUCUUUACAUUUAAUAAGGCUGCUGCAUCUGUUACUGAAUGGAAAGUAGCAACUUGUGGACAAUUUGAGCUCAGUUUUGACUUAGAGGUAAGGAAUAGAAUUAUAAUCUGACUGGUCAUAUCUACUUGUUUAUUUAGUACAAAAAGACUUAGUGGCACUGGGGGUGUAAGCCCUCAGCUUUUGUUUUAUUUACUGAAGGCUACUAGCAUGAAGGACAGUAACCUCAAUGUUGAGAAUGGAUGGAGAAUAACUGUUUAUUAAAAGCAUUUGUACUAAGUGUUUUAGGAUUAGCCGCACCUUUCAACUCAAAGGA